CUAACAGUUACCCUUUUCCUGUCGAUGAUGGUUCAGUCUGGUCUUGCAAGCUGCAACACUGGAACUCCUCCAUACGAUCGCGUGUGUUUCCAAUUCGAAGAAGACCCUAUUGCUUGGUUUUAUGCUCCGGAUGUGUGCAGACUUUACGCAGAUGAUCUUCUGAAGGUCGACAGUCCAGAAACAAUAGAUUUUGCGAGUAUUGAGACGGGAGCUAAAAAAAGACAUGCACAUUGGACUGAAGAAGAAAAGAGCGAUUUAGGCAUUAGGGCUGUGACACACAAUCCUGACUCAGUUUAUAUUUACACCAGUCUGGUCAGCGGCAAAGCAGACGAUGGAACCGUACUGUGCAAAGUACUAGAGGUGCGGGGAGACCAAACCUGGCACGAAGAACCUUGCUUGUCUUCUUACAAUUAUGUUUGUGAGAAAGG